ACUUAUUCCCAACCCUGUAUAUUACCUACUUAAAACUUCACUCCGGUGGUUUUAACAUAUUAGAAAUAACUGAUUCUCUUCAACUACAAGAAUUUCAUUUUGAACAAGAGCCUAUAUAUACGUCUAUAACUUUUCAACACUCUUGUGCUUGUGAGCAUACUUCUUUAUGAGCAUUUAUCAGUACUAUCAAGUUGGGCUGAUUACGACCCUGUCGGGCGGUUCAACGGUUUACAUUCUCGUGGGAAACAAUUUCAAAUAGAAUUUUUAGGUUAUGACUUAUUACUUGUUUUCGUUCUGUUUGUGUUGAGAAUUUCAUGUUCAUGUGCUUUUUGAUUAACAGUGAAUCGCAAUGGAUAUAUCAGAUGAUCUCGUAAUAAUUGAGAACCCCAUCGUGGAUUUUUUGGGGCAAAACAUUCGAAAGGUUCGAAAUGAGAUCGACAAAGUUGAAGAGACUAUUAAGUUUCUUUCCAAUAGUAUAGAAGAAGUUUUGAAUGAAAGAGCUGCUGGAUCAUUGGGUGUGAAACUUUUACCUCCACUAUUAAAAUUAUACCAAAAUAAAUACGCUGUAUGGUAUCGAGUAGAAUGUUCAACCAAUAAGUGCUUCAAGAACUUUGAAUUUUUAUUACAUUGGAGUUCCGAAGAUGAACUAACAUACGUUUCCUCGAUGCAUCCCAUCAAAGACACAGGUGGAGACAUCAAUAAUCCGCUAAUUUACAUCGAUACACUUGAGAAAAAAGCUUUUCUGGUUGUUACAUUUGAUCGACCUAAUUUCGUCAAAGAUCAUUCUAUCCAAGUGGAUGGUUUUCUGAGCUACUGGGAUGAACAUGGCCAAGAAUAUGUGGACGAAAUACAACCAAUAAUAAUAAAAAAUACUGAUAUCUCCAACAAAUCUCUCAGAAUAUCUCCAACAGGAAAUCCUGAUAUCAUAAACUUUCACACUCGUCUAAUCUGCAGUUUCAAAGUCGAUCUAGUUCUGCAGUUACAGGCAGAAAAUCAGUUACCACUUGCAUUAUUUAGUGCAUCCUUAACACCUCAUGCAUCAGUGACGGAUGAGCUACAAAGAUUCUAUACUUUGAACGAUGAUUCAUACGUUUUUAAUGGUACAAUUGUUGAAGUUACCUCCUCGGAUGGACCCUCUAAUAUCUCAGAAAUAUGUGUUUAUACAAAAGAUGUGGACAGCUCGUUAGCUUUUUUUCAUCACCUUCAUCAAACUAUGAAGCCUGUGGUUCUCCUUCCUAGCGAAUACAAAUCCCGCGUUUUCGAAAACUGGGAUGUGAGGGAGAAGGAGAGAGAUCUCAAUGAUUGUCUCGACAAAGAAUUUGGUUUCUUGAUAGAUUUUUCCAAAAAUAGUGGUGAACGUUAUGGAGACUAUCCUAACAUUCGAAACGAUCUAAUUAAUAUUGAGCAUGAUACCGAUUCAGCAUACGUCGCAUAUCUUAGAACUAAAAAUGGAAAAGAAUAGUUUGAAUUUCAAUUUAUAAUUUAUUUCAAAGGAAAUCAAGAAAUUAUAAAUACAAAUUAUCGAAAUUCAGAAUAAAAUGGCAUACAAGACAUAACAUUUAAUAAGAUGAAAUUUCGAAAUCAUGUUUGUUUGAUAACUUUGAUUCAUAAAGUUUUAAUUUUGAAGAACAUCAUUCCCAUCAUUCGAAAUAUUUUCUUUUCGAUUGUAAAAUUCGUGUAUUUUCAAUCUGGUCAUUUUUUAUUAUACUUAUUAUUAUUGUAACAUACGAUGAUAAUAAAUCUUUGAUCUGAAUAACA